AAAUUUGCACAAAAAAAAUACCAAUUUGUGAUAAAAUUGUUGAUAACGUGUGACGUAGGGUUAAAAGGGGAGUUAAUUCACUGUUAUUACAUCACAGACCGCUCAUACCGCUACUUUAACCUACACGUGACGCGAUAUACUUAAUAGGUAAUUGGUGGAGUCAAAAUCUUAGAACAAAUUCCAAUCUUAUGAAUGAAAAGUAUAUUAAACUGUUGACUCGUAACGUUCGUGAGACAAACGUUUAUACUUGCGCUGCUUUUUAUUGAGUAUAAAUCAAAUCUAAUAUUUUAUUUACGUGUUUUAUGUGCAUGUGAAGAAACUCGAAGAUUUUAAGUCUGUCAAACAGUGAUUUGUGAGUGUUUGUGUGCUUACCAUACCAUAGUUACCUACUGUGUGUUGUGUAAAUUUCAAGACUCUCAAGAUGGCCAAACCAGAGGCAAAGGUCAUAAAACCAAAGCACACAAUAGACCGUGACAUCACGGACCUGCUGAUGGGCGGGUUCUCGGCCAUGUUCGCCUCUAUAUUCACGAAUCCCAUCGAAGUGGUGAAGACCAGGCUCCAGCUGCAGGGCGAGCUGAAGAAGAGAGGCCAACACGCCGUGUUCUAUAGAGGCGUGGGCCACGGGCUGUACGUUGUGGCCAAGAACGAGGGGAUCGUAGCACUGCAGAAUGGGCUGCCCGCCAUGCUUGGCUUCCAAUUCUUUUUAAAUGUUUUCAGAUUAGGCUCUUUCCGUAUGGCAGAACGCCGCGGUCUACUAAAAGACUCGGCAGGAUCGGUUUCUCUCGUCCGAGGCGCUCUAGUGGCCGGGGUCGGCGGGGCCAUGGGCUCCAUAGCGGGCACUCCGUUCUACUUGGUGAAGACCAGGCUUCAGUCUCAAGCCGCCCGCGCCAUCGCAGUGGGCCACCAGCACAAGCAUACGGGCACUUGGAACGCGCUCACAGAUAUAUUCAGAAGGGAAGGUGUUAAAGGCAUGUUCCGCGGUGUCGGCCCCCAAAUCCCUCGCGGCAUGACCGGCAGCGCCUCUCAGAUCCUGAGCUUCACAUACGCUAAGGACUGGCUGCGGGCUAACGGCUGGUUCCUGCAGAUGCCUCUGAUGAUGUCCUUCUUUGGCGCCAAUCUCGGCGGACUCAUCAUGACCCUGUGUUUGAACCCUUUCGAUGUAAUUGCCACUAGGCUGAGCAACCAACCUGUUGAUGAAAAGAACAAAGGAAAACUCUACAAAGGCAUGGUAGACUGUGCAAUAAAAAUGAUGCGGUCUGAAGGACCGCUGUCCUUCUACAAGGGCGUUGUGGCCAACUACCUUAGGCUGGGACCACAUACAGUGAUCCUACUCGUGGCCUGGGACCAACUCAAGAUCAUCGAGGAAUACCUCAGGGGUUGAGCAAGUUCAUUCACAUUUAGGAGUUGAAGAGUGCGCAGCCAGUCGGUGUGUGUUGUGACGUGUUCACAUGCCAUUUAUAAUGAAUAGCUUAAAAUAGACAAUUUCCUUCAUCGCUAUACCAAUGAUGCCUUAUUGUUAAUUAACUGAUGUAAUAUGGACAUUAGCGCUAAACUAAGUCGUGUGAGUCUGAAAUGUGGUUGUGCUUGUUCGUGUGCUCAAUUUGAUGGAAAAUAUAUACAAAUAAGAUUGCAUUUUUAUAAGCCCAUAACAAAUCAAUUUUCAAGUGAAUACUUAUCAUCAACCAAUGUAUUAUUUACUACGAGGAUUUGUUUUAAAGUUUCAGUAAAAAGAGCUUUUUCUAGUGUGGGUGAACCUUUACAACUAUAUAAAUAACAUAAUAAUCACGUAGCAAGUAGUCGGGCCACGGGAUGUUAUUAAAAUUAUAGUUGGGUUUAGUUACCAAAUUGUUUACGAGGGCUCCAUUCACAUCACUGCCAUGGAUUAAUAGAAUUAUAUUUAUAUCUAAAGAUAAUCUGUUAUAAAUCUUGACCCAUCAGUAAAGCUUGAAAAUUGAUUUUAAUUACAUUUAAGUAUAGAUUUGUAGGUUCUUAAAGAAUAAGAAUUAAUAUUAACUUAAUUAGGUCGCGAAAUUAAAACUAAAAUGGUAAAUAAAUUGUUAUGUCGACAUUAAUUUAGAAAUAAGGGACCAGAAAUAUUUGUCAUUCAAACUUUUUAUUAGCAUAUCACAUACUGGUGUUACAAGUAAGAAAAAAAUAGUAAAAAUAGCAACAGAAAAUCUAAAAAAUAUAACUUUCGACAGAAAUAUGUAUAUCUUGAUACAUGUUAAAGUGUCUGGGCUCGAAAAAUAAAUGAAAGUGGUGUAUUUGCUUAGUUUUUGCGGAGUUUGCUUGAUUUAUAUUGUUAAUUAUUUUAAAAUAUAUAUUUUACUGUUGG